GGCGACUGAGGUGACUCCGGCGGCGGGAGCAGCGAGGAGGAGGGGGCUGCUCGGCGCUGCGCCCAGAGCUGCCCCCUCGAUCGCGCCAGUCCGGUCCCCGGAGACCCGCGCCCCGCCCUAGCCUCACCUGACACAGGUGGACACCUGUGGGGAAGGCGCAGGGAUGGGCGACAGCGCUAACCACCUGCCCUUCUUCUUCGGCAACAUCACCCGGGAGGAGGCAGAAGACUACCUGGUCCAGGGGGGCAUGAGCGACGGGCUCUACCUGCUGCGCCAGAGCCGCAACUACCUGGGCGGCUUCGCCCUGUCGGUGGCGCACGACCAGAAGGCACAUCACUACACAAUUGAGCGGGAGCUAAACGGGACCUACGCCAUCUCGGGCGGCAGGGCCCACAGCAGCCCCGCCGAGCUUUGCCACUACCACUCCCAGGAGCUGGACGGCCUCAUCUGCCUCCUCAAGAAGCCCUUCAACCGGCCGCCCGGGGUGCAGCCCAAAACCGGCCCCUUUGAGGACCUGAAGGAGAACCUCAUCCGGGAGUAUGUGAAACAGACAUGGAACCUACAGGGUCAAGCUCUCGAGCAGGCCAUUAUCAGCCAGAAACCUCAGCUGGAGAAGCUGAUCGCCACAACAGCCCAUGAAAAAAUGCCCUGGUUCCACGGAAAAAUCUCUCGGGAUGAAUCUGAGCAGAUUGUCCUGAUAGGAUCAAAGACAAAUGGAAAGUUUUUGAUCAGGUCCAGGGACAACGGGUCUUACGCCCUGUGCCUGCUGCAUGAGGGGAAGGUGCUGCACUACCGCAUCGAUAAGGACAAAACGGGGAAGCUCUCCAUCCCUGGCGGGAAGAAUUUUGACACACUCUGGCAGCUCGUCGAGCAUUAUUCUUAUAAGUCAGAUGGUUUGUUAAGAGUUCUUACGGUUCCAUGUCAAAAAUUUGAUGGGCAAACGGGAAAUAUUAAUUUCCGUCCACAACUUCCAAGUUCCCAUCCUGUGACUUGGUCAGCGGGUGGAAUAAUCUCAAGAAUCAAAUCAUACUCCUUCCCAAAGCCUGGCCACAGAAAGGGCUCCUCAUCCCAAAAGCCAGAAAGUUCGGUGACGUUCAACCCUUAUGAGCCAGACCGAGGGCCCUGGGCCAACGAAAGAGAAGCCCAGAGAGAAGCCUUGCCCAUGGAUACCGAGGUCUAUGAAAGCCCCUAUGCAGACCCCGAGGAGAUCAGGCCCAAAGAGGUCUACCUAGACCGGAAGCUGCUGACCCUGGAGGACAAGGAACUGGGCUCUGGGAACUUUGGGACGGUGAAGAAGGGCUACUACCAGAUGAAGAAAGUUGUGAAAACAGUGGCUGUGAAAAUCCUGAAAAACGAGGCCAAUGACCCCGCUCUUAAAGAUGAGUUAUUAGCAGAAGCAAACGUCAUGCAGCAACUCGACAACCCUUACAUUGUGCGCAUGAUUGGGAUAUGCGAAGCCGAGUCCUGGAUGCUGGUUAUGGAGAUGGCGGAACUUGGUCCACUCAACAAAUAUUUACAGCAGAACAGGCAUGUGAAGGAUAAGAACAUCAUAGAGCUGGUUCAUCAGGUGUCUAUGGGAAUGAAAUAUUUGGAAGAGUGCAAUUUUGUGCACAGAGAUCUGGCUGCAAGGAAUGUAUUGCUGGUUACUCAACAUUAUGCCAAGAUCAGUGAUUUUGGACUUUCCAAAGCACUUCAUGCUGAUGAAAGCUACUACAAGGCCCAGACCCACGGGAAGUGGCCCGUGAAGUGGUACGCUCCGGAAUGCAUCAACUACUACAAGUUCUCCAGCAAGAGUGACGUCUGGAGCUUUGGAGUGUUAAUGUGGGAAGCAUUUUCCUACGGGCAGAAGCCGUAUCGGGGAAUGAAAGGCAGCGAAGUUUCUGCUAUGCUGGAGAAAGGAGAGAGGAUGGGGUGCCCUCCAGGGUGUCCGAGAGAGAUGUAUGAGCUUAUGACCCUGUGCUGGACCUAUGACGUGGAGAACAGGCCCGGAUUUGUAGCAGUGGAACUGCGGCUGCGCAAUUACUACUACGAUGUCGUUAACUAACGGCUCCCACGCCCGUCUGUGGCUGCCUUUGGCCAAAUGAGCAGUCGAGGGGAGACUAUUCCAGUGCUUUGAUUUUGAGUCUCCAUCGUCCUCCGCCCGGGAGAGCCAGCUCAGGUGGAACGUUCCAGUGACUGUCGUUCCCCAAAGUCUGUCCUGGAACACGCCCUCCACAAAGCAACCCAUCCCAGAGGAGCGGUGGGAAGACAGACGGACACCAGGACCAAGGGUCCCAUGGAUUCGUGUGUGUUUCUUGUCUGAGUGGCAGGUUAUUUGCAGGAUUUGUUUCCAAAUUUCUUUCUGUCUUUUCAGUUCUCGGGCUCCUGGGCUGCACUUGAAUACCCAGCAUCACCAUGCGGUGCUGAAUCCUCUUGCCCAUUUCGGCUGCAUUUUCAGUGGCCAGAGGGUGCCCUUCGCUUGUGAUGCCUGCUGUGGAGGGAAGGAAGGGAGAGGAGAAGAGAUUUGACUGCCUCCAGAACAUGGCUUCUACAGGUCCCAAGAUUGAGCCCUGCCACUGAAAAACGUUCCCCGAUAAAAGUGCUUUGGGGCUUAAAAAAAUCAGGCUGGACCACUGCCGUUUCUAAGCCUGUAGCCCAGUUAAGGGAACAUAAAAAGUCUGGAUACUGCUUUUGCUCUAUGUGUUCUGAGGCAGAAGACUCACAUCUAUAUGAAAAAUGGAGCCUGUUGGAAUGAAUUGGCUUGGCUUACUUUCCCCCCAAAAGCCUCUCUGAAGACUGUACUUGACUGGAGACUGAUAAAGUUCUUCGUGGAGACCCAGUAGGGAAGAGGAUGUCUGUCAUCUCAGGUUCAGGUCUGACCUAGGACAGACAGCAGGGUACAGCGGGCUGUCGUCUGCUUAGUGUGGUCCAAGCUUGCUCUCCCCUAGAGAGGGGCUGCAGCCAGAAUUCCCUGACUUUUUCUGUAUUCGUAGUGCGGGACAACCUGGUGGUCAAGGCCAUCUAAAGAGGAGUUUCUAAGGCAAGUAUUAAUUCACAAUAAAGCCAUAGAUCCUGA